CUCCAUAGCGUGGUCACUGUCGCACGUUGGGUUAGACUUAACUAAGUCUCGGUCAAAUGGAUGGACGACUCAGAGGCAGUAAGUUGGGGUCAUCAAUGACAAGUCGGAUGAUUUUACUCACUCAUCCAGCCAGGAGUUGGAUUUUUAUGAUUUAAUUGGAACUUUGUUCUUAACCAAAGUAGUCUGCUUAUGGCAAACAACAACAACCCUUUCAACCUGCGAUAUGUUCUAGAAAAGGAAAAAUUAUCUGGAACCAACUUUCUUGAUUGGAAGAUGAAUCUUAAGAUUAUUCUCGAAUGCAAGAAAAAGCUCUACUUCCUUACAUCCGAGCCUCCCAAAGCUCCUAGAGCGAAUGCCCGUGCUGUAGAAAUUACUUCGUACAAGAAGUAUGAAGAUGACGCACGUGAUGUGAGAUGUGUCAUGCUAGCCACCAUGACCCCGGAGCUCCAAAGGCUCCAAAAGGACAUGGAAACUCAUCCUAUGAUGACUCGCUUGAAAGUUGGUCCCCACGUUCUCAAGAUGAUCGGUCAUAUUGAAACUCUUGAAAAACUGGACGCCCCGUUGCACCCUAUGCUGGCAACUGAUCUCAUCUUGGGAUCAUUACCAGCUGAGUAUAGUCAAACUGUAGUGAACUUAUGCAUAAACAAACUAGAGAUGACUAUGCCUGAGCUACUGAAAUUCCUCACAACUUUUGAGGAGAGUCUAGGGAAGGGCAAGGGUAAGUCUGUCCUGAUGGUAGAGGGCAGUACUGUUGCGAAAAAGAGUGGGCCAUGUUCGCCGGCCGGGACCAAGCGCAAGGGUUCUAAGAAACCCAAGCCAGAGUCCAACUCCUCUUUGUUGAAACCCAAAGAAGGAGCUAAGAAGAAGUCUGUUGUAUGCUAUAAUUGUGGCAAAAAGGGCCACUGGAGGCGCAAGCCGGCUCCCUCGUCUAGAUCUGGUCUACCGCUGCUCGUGGCUGAGGCCGAGCGCCUGACUUGCCUUCGGAAGCCUCUGGAUGGAGGGCCGGCCGUGGUUGCUCCGAGGAUGACCAACCCUGCUGGGGCCGACCUUGCCGCUAAUUCUGCUCAUCAUCUCCGUUCGUUUCCGUCGCCGUCGCAGUCCAAUUUGAAGGUUAGUUCCCUCUUCUCCGUUCUCAUGGCGUCUUCUGAUUCCAAUCCUUCCACCACCGCUGUCGACUCAGCGGUGGUUUGCUUUGAAGAAAUGUACCGUCAAGAUCCCUCCCUCCGCCCCGACGGCUUGAUGGGAGGAAUUGACCAUUCCAGGGUUUUGAGCGCGGUGCCUCUCCGCACGUCCGUCACCGUGGCGUCAUCGUCCCGGGCACCGCCCUUGAAAAAGAAGAAGAGAUCGAAAGUUGUCAAAGGGAAGAACCCGAAAUCCUUACCCGUUACCGUGCUGGAAACGGGUCUGAUUACGAUUACGGGUUGUCUUCUGUUGGAUAUUGACUUUGACGAGGCUCUCCGCUUCGUGGGCAAUGGUUACGUGGUGCGCCGACCACACACAACCAACCACGUCUUCUCUGUGACCUGUCCCGACGCCAAGAUCGGGGUGCACGUGGCGUCAAUGCGCUACGGCCUUCGCUUUCCCCCUCACGAUCUGAUAGUCCAAUUCUUGAAUUUCUAUCGUCUCUUGCCGGGUCAGCUCAGUCCCCACUCCUACUAUUGUUUCUCGAUUUUCUUGAUUAAGUGUCAUCAGAGGGGAGUCCCCUGGUCUCUAGACUUGUUCCGUUACAUGUUCAAGGUUUCCAAAGUGGGGGCCAAUGAAGGGAAUUCGUAUGCCGUUGUCUCUUCCCAGGCCGAGUUUGGUAUGGCCGUCUUCCCCUCAUCCCUGAAACUCUGGAAGGCCAAGUUUGUCUUCAUUUCCGGCUUUCCCGGGGACCGGCAUCCCUUCCACGCCAGGUUUCCCGAAUGUCACACGUUCAUCCGUCAUCCUCGGCCUGCGACCACUCCUGAGUUUCAGGCAUACGCGCAAAAACUGUUGGAAGACUGCCGGCCUAAACCGCCUCACAUGUACACGGUGUGUACAGAGCAGAACUUAGCGGAGGUGGGGAUCCUUAUCUCCCUCGAGUGCCAAUUCGAACUGUCUGAGGCCGUGCUUGGGAGUCGCCUGAAGCAUGGGCUUGAGGAGAGUGCCCCGAGGUUGGAAGAUAUAGAGUCGGAGGACAACGAAAGGGAAGAUGGCGGGGAAGUCGGAAACGAUGAAGAAUCAUGGCAGCCAUCCUGCUCCGAGGGGGUUGCUGGUAUGAAGCCUUCUGGAGAUCUGUCCCUCAUAUCAAGGUUUUUCCUGUUGGAUGCCAAGUCUUUUAACUAUUGUUUUGUUUUGGCAGGAGAUAUGAAUCCGGUGGAUGUUAUUCGCAAGGCCAAACUGUUGGCUCGAAACCGAGGCCGAGGAGCGGAGGUUCAACAAGGAUCUCCACCCGUGGGUGCAACUAGAUCUGUUGCCUCGGCCCGGACUCAGGAAGCGACUCCGGCCCGGAAUCAAAGAAAGAGGAAGCUCAUCCAGGUCGAGGACGAGGAAACCGCGUCCGAGCAAGAUGUGGUUCUGACCCAGAGUCCAACGAGCAAGCGCCCAGGCUAUCUUCAUGGUGGAAAAAGUCCCGCUUCCUUCGACAAGGCCAACGGGGUUGUGCAGGCUGAGGUCGAGGCUACUUCUCUUUCCGCGGCGCUCAAAGAUGAGGACGAGAUUCUUUCGUCCUUGCAGGGGCUUAUGGACAACUUCCACAAACAGGUGUCGGCGAAACUGAGCCUGAUCACCGAACAUCGAGCCGGGGCCGAGUUCUCUUCUUCCAUGAACUUCUUGGCUUCGGUGGAAACAGAACUGUCUCGCCUAAGGAAAUUGGCGGAAAUCGAGCACGAACGGGCCACCGAGCUUGAGAUGCAGGCCGUGGCGAAGUCCGAGGAGGUGGUCCGGCUGCAGGGCCUCCUGAAAGAGUCGGAGGAAUCAGCCUCCCAACUGACGGCUUCAAUGGCCGAACUCGAGGGGCGAUUGCGCCAGUCUGAGGGCCGGAUCUCCGAGCUGGAUCUUGAACUGGCCGAAGUUGUCUCCGCGCAGCGGUUAGUGGAGUCCCCGUCCUUCAAAGAAAACUACCUGGAGAGGAUGGCCGCUUAUUACGAAGACUGGCUCAAGACCGAGGCCGGCACUGAGAAGAUGGGAGUGGAAGGGACGAAGUGGUUCGAGAGCGGCGUCUAUCAUGGAAUCCAGCUCGUCCUUCGCCGGGCCAGAAGAGUGGAUCCGUCCUUCCCUCCGCCCGGGGUCGUCAUUCCAGAGAUGCACGAUCCUAGCCUUAAUGCCGAACUUGGGGAGAAUCCAGAUCACCUUGGGACCCCGAGCACGAGGAUGCGGGCGCAGAUGGAGUCGGCGACGAGCAACCCCCAAAUGCCCUUCCUUAGUGUUUUCCUUGGAACGUCCUUCAUCCGGGCUAUUCCCCCUUGUUCUUUCCUUAUGGCAGAUUCGUCUUUGCCCAGUUUUGCCACUGCUCUGACUGCGGUGGGAAAGUGUACUCAUCCCGAUCUACCUUCUUUGAGUGAGGAUUCUGUCCAAAGUCCCUUCCGUCAGGAACCUGAUCCAACGGAGGUUGCGCAGAAGUCUGGGCGUUUGGUGCGCAAGGUGGGCACGAACGUGCGUGCCUACCUCAAAGGCUUUCGUCGUGCUCACCGGAAGAAGACGAUCAGCGCCGACCUCAAGGCGCAUCUCGCGGUCGACCAUGGUGCUUCCUCCGUAGAUUCUUCAUUUUCUGAAGAAAUAAAUGUGUAUUUUGACCAUUCGGGAAACAAUGCUUGACGUUCUUGUGCCUGAACUAUGAUGUAUUGCCGUCUUGGGCGGAUUUUGUGUAAUAAAACUGCCUGUGUUCU